AUGGACUGGAUUCGCGGCGACUCACUCGGCUGCGGCAGCUCAUCGACGGUGGACCUGGCAAUCUGCAGGGGGGCCCACUUCUCCUCGCCGUCGGUAAUGGCGGUGAAAUCCUGCGAAGCCAUGGACUCCGACUUGCUCAAGAACGAGAAGCGGGUCCUGGACCAAAUCGGAAACUCGCCCCACAUCGUCCGCUGCCUCGGCGACGAUAUCAGCUUCGAGAGGGGACAAAACCUUCACAAUCUGUUCCUCGAGUACGCCUCCGGCGGCAGCCUGGCCGAUCACGUCAAGAAAUCCGGCGGGAGAUUGCCGGAAUCGGCAGUCAGGAGUUACACGAGAUCGAUUCUCAAGGGGUUGAAUCAAAUCCACGGGAAGGGAUUCGUCCACUGCGACAUCAAGCUCCAGAAUCUGCUGGUGUUCGAGAAUGGGGGAGUCAAAAUUGCGGAUUUCGGAUUGGCGAAGAGAACAGGGGAAGCAGAGGAAAAACAGGGGAGGGAUAAAAAAGUGGAGAUUCGAGGGACUCCUCUGUUCAUGGCGCCGGAAUCUGUCAACGAAAACGUAUACGAGCCGCCGUGCGAUAUCUGGGCUCUGGGCUGCGCCGUCGUCGAGAUGUUGACGGGGAAGCCGGCGUGGAAUUACAAGCCCGGGACGAACAUCUACUCGUUCUUGAUCCGAAUUGGGGCCGCCGACGAGUCGCCGGCGAUCCCGGAGGAAUUGUCGGCGGAAUUGAAGGAAUUUCUGUCCAAUUGCUUCGUCAGAGAUCCCGCGGCGAGAUGGACCGCCGCAAUGCUUCUGGAGCAUCCGUUCCUUAGCGCCGACGAAACCGGAAACGAAAACGACGCCGUUUGCUGUUCGUGGGAGGAAUUUCCAUCGGUGUCCCCGCGGUGCCCGUUCGAUUUCCCCGAGUGGGUGUCUUCGGUCCAAUCGUCGCCGGCCGAAUCGGGAUCGGAAUCGAACCCGUUCGAUUCGUUGUCGUUCUCAAGUUGCUCGACCACCUCGCCGGCGGAGAGAAUCCGGCAGCUGGCGAGCGUGGAGCAGCAGGCGCCGUUCAGUUGGGGAGAUUCAGGGAGUUGGCUGGUAGUGAGGUGA